AUGGCCGACGACGCUCAGCAUGAACACACCUUCGACUCGGCUGACGCCGGUGCGUCGCUGACGUUCCCCAUGCAAUGCUCUUCCCUCCGGAAGAACGGCUUCGUUGUCAUCAAGGGCCGUCCUUGCAAGAUCGUCGACAUGUCCACCUCCAAGACUGGCAAGCACGGUCACGCCAAGGUCCACUUGGUCGCCCUCGACAUCUUCACUGGCAAGAAGCUCGAAGAGCUCUGCCCCUCCACCCACAACAUGGACGUCCCCAACGUCUCCCGUCGCGAGUACCAGCUUCUCGACAUCUCUGACGAUGACUACCUUUCCCUCAUGACCGAUGACGGUGACACCAAGGAUGAUGUCAAGGUUCCCGAUGGAGAGGUUGGCGAGAAGAUCAUCCGCCUUUUCAAGACCGAGGAGAAGGACACCAACGUUGUCAUCUUGACUGCCAUGGGUGAGGAGGCUGCUGUUGAGGCUAAGGAGGCUCCCAAGGAAGAGGCCAAGAACUUCACCGCUUCCCUGCCGGUGAACGGUGCGACGAAUGCCGAGCGAAAAGAUGACGUCCAGGGCUACGUCGAAUUCGACAUCGAUGAGGAGGACAAUUUUGGGCAGCAGGGGAAGGUCACGCGCAAGGGACGAGAAUCCCGAGAGAAAGCAACGCGACAUCUCUCUGGCAAUGCAGCGCGAGAGCUCUACCUGGAAUGCCUUCAGCUUGUCCUCCGCAAGCAGAUCUGGUGGCUGGUUCACAACAAAGGGCUCCCAGAUGAGCUAGAAACCGUCAUUCGCGACCUCUGGGAUUUGCGCAUUCGGAACUUUGCGGGUCUUAGGAGGGCUGCGGACGAGACUGAUGCUGAGUCGGGGUUGGAGUCGGGUGUCGAUUCUGGGACCGAGUUAUUCAGCUCACAGGCCGGCAGCGAGAGCGAUGCCUCCACCGCCACGACCAGGACUUCGGUCAGCCGCGGUAGGAGCUGGACCUCGGAGCCCGGUCAGGAUUGGAAUCUUCCGGGGCUGUUCCACUGCCUCGCGCUUUGCUAUCUGGGGUGCCUGUCUCUGAGCCUGCCAGUACGCGUCGGGCACGUCUACAACUGGGCGAAGAACAACCAGUUGCUCUUCCUCGAAGCCUUCGAUGAGCUUCCCGACAAGAUGACGGACAGACUGCCUGGUGCAUAUAAUAGGGCUCUCAAGGUGUCGCACACCUCAUUUCGGGGUGGGGAGCUGCACCAGGCGGUGCUGGAACUCGUUCUUGAGUAUCACUUGAAUUACGAGAUGGUGUUUCCUCCGCUGAAUACGCCCCUGCUUCUACUGCAUUAUCUACGAGAACUGGCACUACCGGAGGUAUACGUUCAUGUCCGAGCAAUGACAAGACUGUUACAUCUGGAGUCCACCUUCAACAUGCAAAGGAAACGAUUCAAGCUGCUCGACCACCCAGACAUAUUGUUGGUCUCCUGCGUUGUGUUCUCAACAAAGUUACUCUAUCCAUUCGAUGGUCAAGAGCGACCUCCGGUCAGCUACCGAGACCCAUCAUCCCUACAGCUCGACUGGGACAAGUGGCGAGUGCUCAUGAGGGACGCGGAAUUCGAGGGCUUGGAGAGGCGCACGAUCAAUCAGUUAAAACCCGAUGAUGCCUGGACCAUGAGCGACAGGAAGAUUGAUGACUAUCUCGACUGGUACGAGGAGACACAGAUCAAGUCGGGCGCGGAGACGCAGGAACUCAUGGAGUUGUUUCCCCUGGCGAACAGGCGACGCCAGAACCCCAGACCCGAGCUGACGGAAGAAGAGAUAGACGAGCGGCUCAGGACAUCACAGAGCUACAUAACAUCGGUGCCGCCAGAGAAGGGCGGCUGGGUGAAGAGGGCUGGCGAGGAUCACGCUGUGUACCGCUCCGUCGAGGACUUGCCUGAUGUUGCGAAGGCGUUCUACGAGAAGGCGGCGGACUUGUCCGGCCUGUCUGUUGGAAAGCUCUUGAAGGCUGUGCAUACUUUGGAGCUGAGAGUUCACCGAUGGAGCACCCGGGAGCAGAAAGUUGACCUAGAAGCGAACCACGCAACAAACGCCAACCCCCACGAGGACGAAGCAUUCAAGAUGCAGAUCUUCGUGAAGACCCUGACGGGCAAGACUAUCACCCUCGAGGUGGAGUCCUCCGACACCAUCGACAACGUCAAGUCCAAGAUCCAGGACAAGGAGGGCAUUCCCCCAGACCAGCAGCGAUUGAUCUUCGCCGGCAAGCAGCUUGAGGAUGGCCGCACUCUUUCCGACUACAACAUCCAGAAGGAGUCCACUCUCCACCUGGUCCUCCGUCUCCGUGGUGGUCUGAUCGAGCCCUCCCUGAAGGCCCUGGCUUCCAAGUUCAACUGCGACAAGAUGAUCUGCCGCAAGUGCUACGCCCGUCUCCCUCCCCGAGCCACCAACUGCAGGAAGCGCAAGUGCGGACACACCAACCAGCUGCGUCCCAAGAAGAAGCUCAAGUAA